AUGAGCUUUGGCGGUCUCGUUUCGAAGACGGGAAUGUUUGAAAGACGAGUAAUUGAAAGAUUUCCUAUUAAAAAUGAAGAAUUAACUCAGCUGUGGGUAAAUGCUAUUAGAAGGAAAAAUUUCAAUCCAACUCAGUGGAGUCGUACUUGUAGUGUGCAUUUCACUGAGAAUGAUUUUAUGAUUAGGCCAGAUGCAGACCGACCAUUAUUGAAAAUCAAUGAUGUACCUUCCGUGUUUCCUUCAUUUUCAACAUAUUAUCAAAAUAAAAAUAAAAAACCAAGAAAGCCACCUACUCUUAGAACUAUAACUAAUGAAGUCCCUAUUCCAGCAGGUGCCGAAACCGUUAAAUUUAUCAGAACUAUUGACAGGAUAUUUGAUUUCCUGAACACCCGUAAUCCAUAUGGUAAAGGAUACAAAAAACCACUCUAUAAAAGUGAUAUUGAAAAUAUGAAAAAAACUAUUAUACCGUUAGUUGAUUAUUUAUUAAGUUUAACCAAUAUAAAUGGUACAUUCAUUUGUGAUACUCCUCGGAGAACUUUUAUAAUUGGUUUUGCUGUAGCUGUAAAAUCAGUAUUUUCUAUUGCUGAAGAACUUCUAAAUAAUUUUGAUUACAAGUAUUUUUUAACAUACAAACUUUCCCAAGACCAUAUAGAAAUACUGUUUUCAAAAAUUCGACAAAGGUUUGGUCAUAACAAUAAUCCUAAUGUAUUAGAAUUCAGAACAGCAAUGAAACAAAUAUUAUUGAAAAACUCUGUCACUUCUUCAUAUGCAGCCAACUGCAUGGCUUUUGAUAAAUCCAGCAAUGAAAGUGUUUUUGAAAUACGUUGGGCAAAAAGAAAUUCUGCGGACAUUUGUCAUUUACAUGAUGAAAGUAUCUUAGAGGAAACGGAAAAAGAAGAAGAAAUACCAGAUAUAUUCAUGAAUGAAGCUGAUGGCUUUAGGAUGGAACAUAUGAGGAAGCUAGAAGCAAAUUACCAAAUAUGAAAAUAAUGAUGAUGUUGAAAGCUCGAAUAUUGAAAACCGGGGUCGUGGAAAGCGUAAAAAAAACCAAAUACUUGGUAAAAUAAUUCAGAAUCAGAUAGUCAAUCACCAUCAAUUAUAAGUUAUAACUAUGCCAGAACCUCCUACUUGGAUAAGAUCCCUUGAUGAUUCUCAUAGAACAAACAAAUUAAAGCCUUCUAUUAACAUCACAACUCCAGUUUCACAAAACCAAAUUAGGGAAUCUACAAAAUCUACAACUAGUCUUACGACUCCAGUGUUCAAAAAAGUCACAUCAAUUUUUACCUAAAUAAUCCACAUUUAAAAAGUAUUCUUAACAAGACUGUUAACAUAAUAUUAUAAUAUUAAAAUAUUUUUUUCCUCAAAUUACUAUAUAAAAGUUUAUAUUUAUUUUAGACUUGUUGAAUAAUAUUAUGUUGACGUAUUGUCAGUGUUACUGUUAUCGAAAUAAUCACAUUAUUCGUGACUAUUAUUAUCCGUGAUUCGUGAACACGUUAUUAUCUUGAAAUCGCGAUUAUGACUACAGGAA